GGGCAGGGUUCCUGUGGUCCCUCUUUUCUGUCUUGCUUGCCAGUACAUGGUGCAGUAAGGGCUGCCUCCGUCAGUGAUGAAGUUCUCUGAGUGUUGAUCCUUCCUCAGUUCUUUCCCCUCCAAUACCUGCUCACACAGACCCUUCUGCUGCUGUUAGUUGUUUUUCUUGACAAUUUAGGAUCUUACAAAUUAAGAGGACAUCUGUCCACAAGGAAGUUCAUGUCUCCUCCAGUGGAAGGAGUCAGUGGGUACUUGAAAGGGUGUUGAGGUCUGCAGAUAAGAACUCAAAACUGUGAACCUGUGUUUCGAGCAUGAAUUGCAUUUUUGGGUUUUUUCUUUCUUUUUUUUUGGUCUUCCUCUUAACAGUUACGUGUAAUGGGGAAUUUUCACACGUUUUGGAUGAAUGUGACCCAGUGAAGGAAAGAAACUUGUGCUGCAGUGAAAGAAACAAAAAUAGAAUCCUGGAACAAUAUGGAGGAACACCAGACCCAGUGUCACUGUCACAUAUGCUGUGUACAGCAUUCUGUCCAAGUUUUGGUAUAGUGUGUCCAGCCAGUCAAACUUCUGAUGAUGUAAAGCUCAGCUUAUGAUACCAAAACAAGACAGAAGGUGGCAGUGAAAAAGCUUUCAAGACCUUUUCAAUCACUUAUCCAUGCCCGGAGGACCUACCGAGAGCUUCGGUUGCUUAAGCACAUGAAGCAUGAGAACGUUAUAGGACUGCUAGAUGUUUUUACACCUGCAACGUCAAUAGAAAACUUUAAUGAAGUAUAUCUUGUGACAAAUUUAAUGGGUGCUGACCUGAAUAACAUUGUGAAGUGCCAGAAGUUAACAGACGAUCAUAUACAGUUUCUCAUCUAUCAGUUACUUCGAGGUCUUAAGUAUAUUCACUCAGCUGGAAUCAUCCAUCGGGACCUGAAGCCCAGUAACCUAGCCGUAAAUGAAGACUGUGAAUUGAGGAUUUUAGACUUUGGUUUAGCUCGUCAAACUGAUGAUGAAAUGACUGGAUAUGUUGCAACAAGAUGGUACAGAGCUCCAGAAAUUAUGUUAAACUGGAUGCACUACAAUCAAACAGUUGACAUAUGGUCGGUUGGAUGUAUCAUGGCAGAGCUAUUGAAAGGAAAGGCUCUAUUUCCAGGAAAUGAUUAUAUCGAUCAACUAAAGAGAAUAAUGGAAGUUGUGGGCACACCCAGUUCAGAACUUCUGAAGAAGAUAUCAUCAGAACAUGCAAGAAAAUACAUCGAAUCUCUUCCACAUAUGCCUCAACAGGAUUUGAAAGCAGUGUUUCGUGGUGCCAAUCCAUUAGCUGUAGAUCUGCUUGAGCAGAUGCUGAUAUUGGACAGCGAUAAAAGGAUCACUGCCUCGGCAGCACUCGCGCAUCCCUACUUUGUUCAGUACCACGAUCCGGAUGAUGAGCCUGAGGCCGAGCUGUACGACGAGUCCAUCGAGAACAAGGAGCGAACCGUAGAUGAAUGGAAAGAACUUACCUAUGAGGAAGUGAAUAGCUUUAAACCACCUGACUUAAAAAUGGACAGCCUGGAGAUAGAACAGUGAAGACAGGCAGUUCUGUCUUGCCUUGCUGCACUAUGAAGACUGUUAAAAUACAACCAUACAAUUUAACCUGUGGUCAGAUGUAGAUUUUACUAUCCAAAGAUGUUGGAGGAGAUGUGGAAAAACAGAUGCAUUAAACAGAAGCCAGAUGUUGUCUGUUUGGGGGGGGGGGGGGGGGGGGGGGGGGUGGAGUUUGCCUUGUAAUAUGAAUGUAUUCCCAACUCACAAAGGGUGGUAAAGAACUGCUUCAUUCUGACAAAAUUAUGCACUGAGUUCUGUCAAGCUGUGUGUUCUGCAUGUUUCAUUUUAUCAGUUGUAUUGCCAAAAUAAAGGUGACCUUUUAAAUUAAUUUUUAAAUUGUACAUUUAAAGCAUGAAUGUAUACAAACAUAAACAAGAAGUCCAUACAAGCAAUCCUUUUUUUUUUUUUUUUUGUGGCAUUUUAUCUGUCUGUUUUCGUACUAUUUAUAGUUAGUGCCUUUAAGAAGAGGGGGCGUGGUAGUGAGAUAGACAGAAUAUGCAUAUGUAGUCAUAUCUGUGGUAGUCUUACACAUUUACUGGAUGUCUCUCAAGCAAUCUUAACACUAGUUGAAAGUCAGUAAAAAUAAAUCUUUCUCUUCUCUUGA